UCCGGAUGCACCCCGAGCUGAGGACCUCCAUGGAUCCCGCGCAGAUGACUCGUCUGGAUGUACUGACUCUUUGGCUUUCGAACUGUAAUCAUGCUCGCGAUGGGCGUUAGGUUCAGCUGCAUGCCUUGAUGGCAAUAUGACACGCGCAAGACACGAGCCACGAUAGAAGAACAGGAGGCGACACCUCUUGUUGAUCUGACCGACGUCCACACCCUGGUCCGCAUCUGCAGCUAGCCAUUGCUUUUCGCGCCUCCAGAACAGGUCGCUGGACAGGUCCAGACAAACGCGGGCGCCUGACUGCCGGCAAGAAAGCGGAGGCCCGGUUGACCCUAUCAUCACCUACAGCCCUAUUUAUCAGCCCCAAGUCAACACACAAGGCGAACAGCGCCCGCCAAGUUCUGAAGAAACACAUGUCGACCACCGUCCUCAGGACGCGCAAGCUCAGCUCUUUUGUCAAGUGCGGCCGCUGCCGUCAGGACAGACAGAAGUGUGAGCGACCAAACGCCUCGCAGCAAUGCGUACGAUGCGCAAAAUUCAAGCAUGAUUGCGAUGCUGGCCGCGCCUCAAACCGUGCACAGUAUACCCAGACCCAGCGGACUCAGAAACCCGCUGUUCGUCGGCGCGCUGCGCACAGCGAGCGAACAGUCGUUGCUGCGCCUAGUACCACACAACAUGAGCUCUUGGCGACGGGCUCGUUCCCAGAUUAUGAACAAGUCGCUGAUUUCAAGAUUGAAGAGUCAUCCUCGUCGCGGACUUCCAGAUCGGCUUCUUCUGAGCUCUCCAUCCCGUGGUCGAUACCGAGCGUGCAAGAUGGGCUGCAGUUUCAAUACGUACCCAGCAUAUAUUCUGGCGGGGAUCGCCACGGCUCAGCGUCCUCGGACCAAUGGGCCUCGGACCCCAUGGCUUUCAAGGAUUCUCCUCCUUCGUCGGGUGACUAUGGUUGGGAGACGGUGAGUUGGACCGAGUAUGGGAUGGGCCAGGAGAUGGUCGAGUAUCCAGGCAGCAUGGGACAGCUCGAACUGAGUCCCGUUGGAUCUGAUUUUGCGGCUCUUGCUGCUUCGUUUUCGCCGGCUGAGCUCGCUGACAUGCGGAUGCUGUCCGGCCUGACGAGCCUACGUCCCUCUCGUCAGUUCGUGGCGAAUCCUUUCGAAGAGCGUCUGGACAACCGCAUCAACCGGCUGUGGGGGAACUACAAGACCUUCGCCAGCGCGAGCUUGAAAGGCCUCGGCGUGACGCCUUUGUUCGGUCGAACACUGUCAGAACUUUUCCGUCAGUCUCGACAGAUGGCCGAGAACGGCGACGAUCUGGUCGCAGACGUGCGCAUGUGCUGUGGCGCUGCAGACGCAUGCAUGAACACGAAGCUGUCAGCGGAGACACGAGCACAGUACCUGUCAGCCUACACUCGCUACGAUGCGCGCGCGAACGCCAAAUACCGCCGCGCUGUCGAUGAGUUCGCGCAGAAGAUCGCUCAGGACGAGAGUCCAGACGUGCUGCCGCUCUACACGGCAACAUUCCUGUACUAUGCCGCAGGAUCGUGCAUGAGAGGAAGCGCAGACCUCGUCGCAGCGACAUAUGCGUUCAACUACUUCAACCAGUACACGGCGGGGUUCCCCAUCCGCCUCGAGAUCCUGCCUACGCCCGAGGGCACGUGGGCUGUAGAUAUGCUUCUUGCGAACAACAAGGCUGAUCCGGGCAUGCGGAUCAACACGCUCAUGUUCGCGCUGGGGCGGGCAAGGCUGCAGUUCGACCGCGAGGAUGGACUGUGUUAGCGACGCCAUAGGUGUGUGAGUCAGGGAUGAAUGGGGCUGUCGAGCAGCGGACGCGGAGCGGAGAAGAGAAGAGCGAGGACGAAGACGAGUGCUAGGUAUAUCCGCAAACAAAGACGAAGCAAGGAACCGUCAGCACACCAAAGACAGACGAGAAGCAAAGUCCGCUUGCCUUGUAGCUCAG